GGGGUCUCAGGCAGUGUCCUGCCGAUCCGCACAGCCUCCGGCUGUCCAGAGUGACUGCUCCUCCGCAGCCUAGUCCACAUCCCCCUUGGCCUUGGUGCACCGGGGUCCGCUAGGAUGAGAAGCUGCGGGAGACCGGACCAGCCUCGGGCCGGCCUCUGCUUGCUUCUGGCCUCCCUGCAGCUCGUGUCCUGGACGCUGGCUGUGGAGCCUGUGGAUGUCCUGGAAGCCUUAGGGGUGCACAGGGACCAGGCUGGGGUUACUGAGGCGCCUGGCUUCUGUCCCCAGAGGAGUCCACAGGGUGACCGAGCAUUCAGGGUGGGCAAGUUCAGCCUGCUCAGUGUCCCUACAUGGCAGCUCUUUCCAGAUGGGCAUUUUCCUGAGAACUUUUCUGUGCUGUUUACUGUGCGGGGCCAGCCAGCCAACCGGUCUGUCCUUCUGUCUAUUUACGAUGAGAAGGGCGUCCAGCAGCUGGGGCUGGCACUGGGACCAGCUCUGGGUCUCUUUGGUGACUCCUUCAGGCCCCUCCCCAAGCAGGUCAACCUCAUGGAUGGCAGGUGGCACCGUGUGGCAGUCAGUGUCAGUGGUGACAAGGUGACCCUGGUGGCUGACUGUGAACCUCAGCCUCCCAUGUUUGGUCAGGGACCCCGGUUUAUCAGCACAGCUGGACUCACCAUGAUAGGAACCCAGGAUAGCAAGGAGGAGACUUUUGAGGGAGACAUCCAGGAGCUGCUGUUAAUUCCAGACCCUCAGGCUGCCUUCCAGGCCUGCGAGCACUACCUCCCUGGCUGUGACACCCCAGAUCCCACAACCACAGGGGCCCCUAAGGAUGAACCAGAAACAACCACCCCUCGUCGAAAAGGAAAGGGCAAAGGAAAGAAAAAAGGGCGGGGUCGAAAGGGGAAAGGAAGAAAGAAAAAGAACAAGGAGACCUCAAGGCUGGGCCCAACCCCUGGCGCCCCUGAGAACCAGACCUCCCUCCACACCCUUGAGACAGAGAAGCCUGUUCCCCACCAGUCUCCGACUCCUACACCGUUGGCCAUCACCACCACUGUGACUAUUGGACGAAAUGCCACUGUCUUGCAGGGAUAUGACUCUGGUACUGAAACUGAGCUGAGGACUCCGGAGAUUGAGGCUACUGAGGAGGAUGAAGAAGGAGGUGGCCCCACCAUGGGCCCCAAGUUCCGGGCAGCAGAGCAGUCUUUUCAGACUGAGUUCCAGAUCUUUCCUGUGAGUCUAGAGGGAGAAAAGGGAGCAAAAGGAGAGCCUGCGAUAAUAGAGCAGGGACAGCAGUUUGAGGGACCUGCGGGAGCCCCAGGACCCCGGGGAAUAUCUGGUCCUUCAGGUCCUCCAGGCCCUCCAGGCUUCCCUGGCGACCGAGGUCUACCAGGUCCUGCUGGCCUCCCAGGAAUCCCAGGUAUUGAUGGAGUCCGGGGUCUGCCUGGCACUGUGAUUAUGAUGCCGUUCCAUUUUGCAAGCAGCUCGUCGAAAGGACCCCCAGUCUCCUUCCAGCAGGCCCAGGCACAGGCAGUCCUGCAGCAGGCUCAGCUCUCCAUGAAAGGCCCCCCUGGUCCAGUGGGGCUCACUGGGCGCCCAGGCCCUGUGGGCCUCCCUGGAUAUCCAGGUCUGAAAGGUGAAUCAGGAGAUGUAGGACCACAGGGUCCCCGAGGAUUGCAGGGCCCCCCUGGGCCUCCUGGCCGGGAAGGCAAGACAGGCCGGGCUGGAGCCGAUGGGGCUCGGGGUCUCCCGGGAGACACAGGACCUAAGGGUGACCGGGGCUUUGAUGGCCUUCCAGGGCUGCCUGGUGAGAAGGGCCAGAGGGGUGACUUUGGACAUGUAGGGCAACCUGGUCCCCCAGGAGAGGAUGGCGAAAAGGGCCUGCAGGGACCUCCAGGGCCCACUGGCCAGGCUGGAGAGCCGGGUCCCCGAGGCCUGAUUGGCCCCAGAGGUCUCCCUGGACCCCUGGGACGCCCGGGUGUGACCGGAAGUGACGGUGCCCCAGGUGCCAAAGGCAACGUGGGUCCUCCCGGAGAACCAGGUCCCCCAGGACAGCAAGGAAACCACGGCUCCCAGGGAAUUCCAGGCCCUCAGGGGCCCAUUGGCACUCCUGGGGAAAAGGGUCCCCCAGGAAACCCUGGAAUUCCAGGUGUCCCAGGAGCUGAGGGUCCCCCGGGUCACCCAGGCCAUGAGGGUCCCACAGGAGAAAAGGGGGCCCAGGGUCCACCAGGGUCAACAGGCCCUCUGGGCUAUCCUGGACCUCGGGGUGUGAAGGGUACCUCUGGCAACCGGGGUCUCCAAGGAGAGAAAGGAGAAAGGGGAGAGGAUGGCUUUCCUGGCUUCAAGGGUGAUGGGGGACCAAAAGGCGACCGCGGGAACCCAGGACUCCCAGGUCCCAGAGGAGAGGAUGGUCCAGAAGGACAAAAGGGGCCCGAGGGACUGGCUGGGGACGAGGGUCCCCCAGGAGCAGCAGGGGAGAAGGGCAAGCUUGGGGUGCCAGGUCUCCCAGGUUACCCAGGACGCCCAGGACCUAAGGGAUCUACUGGAUUUCCUGGACCCCUGGGACCGCUGGGGGAGAAGGGCAAAAGGGGCAAAGCAGGGCAGCCAGGGGACGAAGGAGAACGCGGUGUGCCGGGCGCCCGAGGAGACCGGGGACAGCCAGGGGCCACAGGCCAGCCUGGCCCCAAGGGUGAUGUGGGCCAAAACGGGUCUCCUGGGGCCCCUGGAGAAAAGGGUCUUCCGGGUCUGCAAGGUCCCCCAGGAUUCCCUGGACCAAAGGGUCCCCCAGGUCCUCAGGGGAAAGAUGGGGUACCUGGACACCCUGGGCAAAGAGGAGAACUGGGCUUCCAAGGUCAGACGGGCCCCCCUGGACCAGCUGGAGUCCUUGGUCCUCAGGGAAAGGUAGGGGACGUGGGGCCUCUGGGUGAGAGGGGCCCUCCAGGGCCCCCUGGACCUCCUGGUGAACAAGGUCUUCCAGGCACAGAAGGCAGAGAAGGGGCCAAGGGUGAGCUAGGACCCCUGGGGUCCCCUGGGAAGGAGGGGCCACCUGGGCCCAUGGGCUUUCCUGGUCCCCAAGGAGCCCCCGGUGACCCAGGACCCAUUGGUUUGAAGGGUGACAAGGGUCCCCCCGGCCCUGUUGGGGCCAAUGGCUCCCCGGGUGAGCGUGGACCUGUGGGCCCUUCUGGUGGCAUUGGUCUUCCUGGCCAGAGUGGUGGGCAAGGCCCUAUUGGUCCUGCUGGUGAGAAGGGGUCUCCGGGAGAACGGGGUGCCCCUGGUCCCACUGGCAAAGAUGGUAUCCCAGGGCUGCCGGGACUUCAGGGACCCCCUGGAGCUGCGGGGCCUUCUGGUGAGGAAGGAGACAAGGGGGAAGUAGGGAUGCCUGGUCACAAGGGAAGCAAAGGAGAUAAAGGAGAUGCGGGCCCACCCGGACCAACAGGGAUAAGGGGUCCAGCGGGUCAUCCAGGCCCCCCGGGUGCUGACGGGGCUCAGGGUCGCCGGGGACCCCCUGGCCUCUUUGGGCAGAAGGGAGACGAUGGAGUCCGAGGCUUUGUAGGUGUGAUUGGUCCUCCAGGUCUGCAGGGGCUGCCGGGCCCUCCUGGGGAGAAGGGCGAGGUUGGAGAUGUGGGAUCCAUGGGUCCUCAUGGAGCUCCAGGCCCUCGGGGUCCUCCUGGGCCCAGUGGAUCAGAGGGCCCUCCAGGGCUGCCUGGAGGAGUAGGUCAGCCUGGUGCCGUGGGUGAGAAGGGUGAGCCAGGGAAUACUGGAGACACUGGACCCCCAGGAAUUCCCGGCAUCCCUGGGCCCAAAGGCGAAAUAGGCGAAAAGGGGGAUUCGGGUCCAUCAGGGGCGGCUGGACCUCCAGGCAAGAAGGGACCCCCUGGAGAGGACGGGUCUAAAGGGAACAUGGGUCCCACAGGACUCCCUGGAGAUCUAGGACCCCCAGGAGAUCCUGGAGUUCCGGGUAUGGAUGGCAUCCCAGGGGAGAAGGGAGAUGCUGGUGAUGUUGGGGGACCGGGGCCACCUGGAGCUUCAGGCGAACCUGGUGCCCGGGGGCUCCCUGGCAAGAGGGGUCCCCCUGGCCGCAUGGGUCCAGAAGGCAGAGAGGGAGAGAAGGGAGCCAAGGGAGAUGCUGGUCCUGAUGGGCCCCCAGGCAGGACAGGCCCCGCUGGGGCUCAAGGGCCCCCUGGACGGCUUGGGCCUGAUGGUCUUCCAGGGAUCCCUGGUCCUGUGGGUGGACCAGGCCUCCUGGGACCCCCUGGGCUGAUAGGCCCUCCAGGGCCCCUGGGCCCUCCUGGCCUCCCAGGGCUGAAGGGAGAUGCUGGCCCCAAGGGGGAGAAGGGCCACAUUGGGCAAAUAGGCCUCAUCGGUCCCCCAGGGGAGGCCGGUGAGAAAGGCGAUCAGGGGUUGCCAGGAGUGCAGGGUCCUCCAGGCCCCCAGGGAGACACCGGUCUUCCUGGUCCGGUUGGCUCGUUAGGUCACCCUGGUCCCCCAGGUGUGGUGGGCCCUCUCGGACAGAAGGGCUCCAAGGGGUCCCCGGGAUCUCUUGGUCCUCGUGGAGACACUGGACCAGCGGGUCCCCCUGGCCCCCCGGGUCCCCCUGCUGAGCUGCACAGCCUGCGAAGGCGCCGCUCAGUGUUGGAUACUCUGGAAGGCGGGAUGGAGGAGGUGGUGGCCUCACUCAAUUCGCUGAGCUUGGAGCUGAAGCAGCUGCAGCGACCUCCUGGCACAGCCGAACACCCAGGCCUCAUAUGCCACGAGCUUCACCGCAACCACCCACACCUGCCAGAUGGAGACUACUGGAUUGACCCCAACCAGGGCUGCUCACGGGAUGCCUUCAAGGUUUUCUGCAACUUCACUGCGGGAGGGGAGACCUGUCUCUAUCCAGACAAGAAGUUUGAGAUGGUGAAACUGGCCUCCUGGUCCAGAGAGAAGCCUGGAGACUGGUACAGCACCUUCCGCCGAGGGAAGAAGUUCUCCUACGUGGAUGCUGAUGGCUCCCCAGUGAACGUGGUCCAGUUGACCUUCCUGAAGCUGCUGAGUGCUGCAGCCCAUCAGAGGUUCACUUACUCCUGCCAGAACUCAGUGGCCUGGCUGGAUGAAGCUGCGGGUGACCACAGGCGCUCCAUCCGCUUCCGAGGGACCAACUGGGAAGAGCUGUCCUUCAGCCAGACGACAGCAGCUACCGUCAAGGUCUCCCAUGAUGGCUGCCGGCUCCGGAAGGGACAGGCGAAGACCCUCUUCGAAUUCAGCUCUUCUCGUGUGGGUUUUCUGCCUCUGUGGGACGUGGCUGCCAUUGACUUUGGCCAGACGAACCAGAAGUUUGGAUUUGAACUUGGCCCCAUCUGCUUUAGCAGCUGAGCUUUUGUGGUGGGAAGGAAGUUGAAGGGAGCCCACAUGGGGCUACUCGGUGCUGAGGCUUAGCGGCCAUUCUAUUUAUCACCAGGGACUCUGGGUUCAGGGUUGUGUGACUCUGUCUAUUCCUUCUCCCCUGUGGGGGGUGAGGGUGGAGAGCCCAGCUCCCUCCUGUUCAUCCCAGGUGGCAUAACCAACUGUAUGCUGGCUCUGUCUCCCCUCCAUCCAACUGCCUCCCCAGACUUCCAUGCAGUGAGCUUGUAACUCAGAGCUGAUGAAAGCCCCCACACCUGCCUCCCCACCCGCCAUCAGUGCCCUUCAUACCUCUUGGUGCUAUCCUUCCCAUAGUUAAGCACUGGAUACCUCCUGAUCCCUGGCUGGGACUCUUCCCUCUCAUUCCUAUUCAUUCUGGAGUAGGAGGUAAAGCAAGAUCAAAGUGGGACCCCCCCUCCCCCAGAUGAGCCUCUCUUCUGCUCCCUUGACCCAGCUCUGCGCACUCUCCUCUCCCCACCCUGCCCCACUCCUAGGUCCCCAAGCAUUCUAGGGACUGAGAUGUUGGGCACAAAUCAGGAUCCUAUAUGGUGCUGGCCUGUUCAUAACUGGGAACUGUAUGAAAAGAGGAAUGAAUGGUCUGUGGUCUAUUUAAUCUGCUUCCUUCUGAAGGAAGUCUGGGAUGUGAUGAGAUUCCAGAAGGAUCUCUACCCUUUCUCAUCCACUAUGCACCCCUCCUCCCCAGGUCAUAGGGCAGAAUCGGCAUCUCAAGAAUAAACCAAGAAACUGUG